UAUAAAUGAGAAUCAUCUCAACUAUUUUUGUUAAUUAUAAAGAAGUUCCUAAGUCGAGUGGAUCGCUUUAAUACUCUAAACGAAAAUGAAAUCAGUUUUAGUUUUUGCUCUUUUUGCUAUGGUUGCCGUAGCUCAUGCAAAUGACGAUGAAGUACUAAAAGAACAAAUCGCCCAGAUAACCAAAGAGUGUGCAGAAAAAACCAACUUCAGCGACGAAGGAAUCAAAAAAUUACAAGCUCAAGACCUAUCACUUACAGAAAACGUUCAAUGCUUCCAAAAAUGUUUCUUUGAAAAUGGUGGCAUCAUCAAAGACAAAGCUUUCGAUAACGAAAAGGUAUUGGCGAUCGGACGUUUAUACAAACAAGACGAAGCUAAGGUAAAGGCAAAUUUGGAGAAAUGUACCCCUCUAUACAAGCCAGAUGCAUUUGAUUGCGAUGCCGCGUGGGAAAUUUUCAAAUGUUUCCAUUAAGAAGGAUUUCAACGCGAAACAUUUCACAACGAAAACUGGAUUUAAAGUGCUUUCUGAUGUCGAACAUUAAUGAUUGAAUUGAUAAAGUUGAAAUAAAAAUUUCAUAUGUUUCCACAAAUAA